AUGGCAGACAGACAUAUAGCCAUCCACGACCUUCGCAAGCUCGACAAACCGGUACAAUUACGCGAAUCCAGUCUAAAAUUCAUGACGCGAAGAGUGGCGUGUAUGGCAGAUGACAUUGGCUUUGUCACUAGCUCAAUAGAGGGCAGAGUUGCUGUCGACUAUUUUGAUCCAUCACCUCAAGCGCAAUCAAACAAGUAUGCCUUUAAAUCACAUCGUCAGUCCGCAGAUGGCUCCGAUAUCAUAUACCCAAUCAACGCACUUGCCUUUCAUCCCAUCUAUGGCACCUUUGCUACUGGUGGGAGCGACGGAUUUGUCAACCUUUGGGACGCGAAUGCCAAAAAACGUAUCAAAAGUUAUGGCAAGUUCAAAAACUCAGUACAGGCUGUGGCUUUUUCGGAUGAUGGUGAUACCAUGGCUGUUGCUUAUUCAAGAGGACCUGAAGAAGCACAUCCUAUUACACCUUCUGACGACAUUGGUGUUGAUUUGAAGAAGAACAUCAUGAAUGAAGCCAAGCCUAAAAAGUUACAGUAA